AUUCGGUCAACAUGGCCGCGUUUCGUGCAUUAGUUUCGUUUGACGAGGAAUAGAAACACAACUGACUGAUGAGACGAGUAUCGGAUUUGUUCGAGUUCGCGUUUUUACUCUAUAAUAAAGCGCACCGGCAUUAGCAUCGUGAAUAGGACGAUGCAUUUCUCGGUGGCUUAGCGUGUGAAUUACGAUUUCGAGACUUUAUACCAAUGGCAGAAGAAGAGAAAAUACUACCUCUUUCAGUGAAAGAUGGUACAUCCCAGUCAAAAGAUGUCUAUAUGCCAGAAGAACCAACAGCAGAUGUCUCAAUUUCUUUAUUAGACAUACAAAUGCCUGAGACACCUGAGAGUACCAAAGGCCAGAUAAGUGAUGGGGAUACAUCAAGAUUAGAGAGUCCUAAAAUGGUGAAACCAGUGCUUGGCAAAGUUCAGGCCAAGAAACGAUUGAUGGCAUUUGCUAACAAGUUCAAUGUAUUAGCAAAACCUCAAGUCAAGAGUAAUCUAUCUCAGCAUUCCAUUGGAGCUUUAAAGACAAAGGACAAAAUAACGCACGAAGAUACAAAUACCAACAAAUCAAGAAAAAAACCAGAGGAAAAAAUUCUGGCUAUUGAAGAAAUUCGAAGGGAGGAAUCUAAAAGUAAGAUGCUGUUGGCAGAGGCUAUGGCAGCAGCAAGUAUGGAAGACGAGAAUCAUACUGGAAAGAAUUCAUCCAGUUUAUUAGAAAAUUUGAGACAUACAAAGGAAAAAAGUAGACACAGUAAACAAAGCGAUUCUCGUAGAGGUACUACUAAAUCGAUGAUGGAUCGGAAAUAUUCGGAAAGGCAUCGACAACGUGAUAAAACAGAAAGAGAUAGUUUGAACCGAGAAGUGAAAGAUCGGAAUGGAAGCAUGGAUCGAUUAUCGCGAAGAUUAUCUCAGGAUAGAGAGAAACAUAAAAAGAAAGAUAAGAAGAAGAAAGAUGAUAAAGAUAGACGAGACAAUAGCAAGACAGACAUGAGCCGUGACAAAAGAGAAGAGGGAAAAGACAGAAAAGAAAGCGAAAAGGAUAAGCGUGAGGACAAAAAGGAAAGGAAAAACAGGACAAAGAGUAAGAAGGAGAGUAGUAAAGAUAAGCGAAAUGAUAUUUCUGAAACGGAAGUGGAGAACAAGGACAAGAAGGAAAAAGACAAGGAUAAUAGGGACAAAGAGAAGGAAUUUGUAAGAUGUAACUCUUGGGCGGAAAUACGAAAAUGUGGUUUGUACGUUAACGAUAUCGUUCACAAUAAGAGACGUGAUAAUACAGAGCGGCCGUUGAGAAAUAGAACAGGGCAAGAUUAUUUGCGCUAUUUGGAGCAAAUGUUAAUGCUGAACAAUCACCGUCUGAGACGUCACUCGUUGGUAGCCGAGGGGCUUGACGGGCCCAAAAAGUAUCCACCCGAAUCGGUUAAGACAACAAAACGAGCGAGGGGAUCUCAAUUGUUAUAUUGUGAAAAUCCACGCACAUCACUUUUACUUAGCAUCUCACAGCUCCUGCAAGUUGUCACUCCUGAUCGUCGCGAUAAGAUACGAGACAUAUGCGAAGCGACUUCGCCACGGACCGACAUGGAGGAUCCGGAUGUGGUAAUGAAUAAGCGUAAUUGGUAUCAGCAGAUGGACAGAAACACAAAAUACCACAAGGAUUCCAAGUGGCAAGUGCAGCUUCCCAGAUCGAAGUGGGACAGCGAGGACGAGGAAACGUCGUCUACCAACGUGGCGAAGGAGGAAAUCGAGAAACCGAUAAACAAAUUGCACGCUUCCCUAAACCAACAAGAGAGAUGUUCCACGUCCUCUACUGUAACAGACGAAGACAAAGUCGACAGUAACGUCGAGAGCACCAAGAGAGACAAUGAGUCCAGUGUGAAGACAAUCGACAACACCACGACGAAUGACGAAACUUCAGCGUCUCCUUUACGGCUGGAAUCCGCCGGAGAUGAGAAAUUAGCCUCGGAAUACGAGCAAUUCAUGAAGAUGGUAUGCACCGACAUUCCUUUGCCGACUUCGGUGGCCGAAGUGACCAAGGAAUAUUCCCCGAAGAAGACUUCUCAGAAAUCCAUUUCCCCGCGUAGCUAUCACGAGUUCAAUAUCGAAUCUAACCUGGAGGAAGACGGCAUCGAAAUGCCAUUGAAGGAGAAGUUCGAGGAGAAAGACAAACUGCAGACGCUCGAGGGAUCGAUUAAAAGCACGGAAUGCGAGGAAUCCAUUUUGUCGACGGACGUCGACGUUCGAAUACAGGUUAAUGAUAACACUGCACGAGACAAGCACUCGUCUGACAAUAACGAGACCGACGACUCCAAAUCGGUACCGAGCGAUUGGGAGAACGUUAGGAUCAAAGUGGAACGAGUGAGCGACGAGAACACGGAUUCCAGGGAAAUAAAGAAAAAAAGGAAGAAGAAGAAGAAACAGAAGCAGAAGAAAGUGAUAUCCAGCAGCGACUCGGCCAGCAGUUCCAGUUCCUCCGACUCGGAGAAGGAGAAGAAGAAGAAGAAGCGCAAGCGGAAGGUACUGAACAAUUCGUCUUCUUCGGAUUCCGACAGCACGGACAGCAGCAGCAGCAGCAGUAGCAGCGAUUCCAGUAGUUCGGACGAGAAGAGGAAGAGGAAACGGAAGAAGAAAGCCGGGAAGAAGAGGAAAAAGGCGAGACGCGCGGCGCGAACGAAGAAAAAGCGCAGGAGAAAAAUGAGCAGCGAUUCCAGUAGCAGCGAGUCCGACGAACGCAUGAAGAAGAAAAGGAAGACCAAGAGAAAGGCGAAAGAGGCUAAACAGUUCGACGCGAAGUCUGUUAAUAACGGGGACAUCAAGGUGAUGUCCAAAUCGCCUGGCACCAUAGCGUCACCCGCGGUGACUCCGGCGAAGAAGAUCAAAGAGGAGGUGGUGAUCGAGGACACGAGGGUCGAGCAGAUGACGCCGGCGCGCAAGAGCGUCAAUGAAUGUGAGAAGCUGAAGAAGGACAGGAAGGGCAGCAAACCCAACGAGAGCUUUAUGGAAGAAGAAUGGGAAGUGGAUUCCAUGAUCGCGACGCAGCAGAAUGAGGGCGACACAUCAACUCAGGAACGCAUCGAAGAAUUGGAGAAGAUGGACGGCUCGAAGAAAGAUAAACAUCGAAGGAAGCGAAAGCAAAGUCGGGACAACGAUGAACAAGACAAGGAUAGAUUGUCCAAAGACAGUGAAGACGAGAAAGAACGGUCGGACGAGGAACUCGAUGUGAAGAGGAAAAGGAGACGGGAGAAGGACUUGCGAAGCAGCACCGAGUUCCUCGCGGACUGGCAGAGAGAGGGCGAGCGGAUCACCCAGCAGAUGAUACAAAACGAGACGCUUUCGAAGAAGUCGGAUAAGCAGGAGAAAUGGGGAGAGACCGACUUCGACACAUUGAACGUGCCGUCUCUGACCCAGCUGGAGAAGGAAGUGUGUCAGAAGCAACUCCUGGCGGACGAGUGGGAAAUGGAUAGUUUGGAGGCGUUACCGGAUCUGAGCCCGAACAAACGGAGGAAUAGUCUGAACGCGUCCAAGAAGACGAAGAAGGAGGUCAGAUACGACAAGAAAACGGACACCUACAUCGCGAUAGAGAAGGAGGCCGCGAGGGAGAUGAAGAAGAAGCAAGAGCGUUUAUGUGCAAUAAGGAUCUGGGAGGAGGAGCAAGAGGAGGGCGAGAGGGAGGAGAUGAUGCUUCUGGAGCAGAAGAGCAAGCGUAAGAGAGACGACUGGGACAUCGAGGAGGAAUCGUUCCUGUGCAAGGGCGGCGAGGUCGUAGAAAUCUGCAAGGUGGACGAGAUCCGCAAGGUGGACGAGAUCACCAAUGUGGAGAAAGAGUGGAACAAGCUGGACGAAGACAAGAGCGCCAGGGAAGACGCGAGUGAGUCGAUGAUUAAGCUUGAGCCGGUCAGCUCUAAACGAGUGAAGAAGAGCCGUUGGGACAUGGGCUCGCAGUUGGAGGAGAAGCUGGAGACUAAGGAUAUGUGGGAGGAAGAGUACGUCGAAUGGCCCAAGCUGAACAAGUGCGAACAGAAGCUCGAGAAGACGGAGGCGAUCCCUCGCAAUGUAGAUUAUUCGGGAGACUCCUCCAAGUCUGACCUGAUGGAUUUCUACAACAGGAAAUCACAGAACAGAGAACCGCUGGAGAAAUCAUGGACGGCGGAGGAAGUGGCAAGCAGGUCGGUGCAAGUGAAAAAAGCGGAGGAAAACGCGUCGGCGAAGAAUCUGAUCAUCCUGACUCCGAGCGAAGAGCAGAUGGGAUCCAUCAAGAAGGAACAGCGGAGCAGAGAUCAGUUUAAAGAGAUUCUGGAGUUGGAUACGAAAUUCAAGGAGAAGACCAUAGAACUGUACAGUCCCAGCUCGCCGGCGCUCUCUCAGAAGUCUCAGGAUGUGGAAGCGUCUAACGACAGUAGCUGUUCCAAUUCUUCAUUGCGCAAGAAAUUGAGGAAGGAGGCGUUGGUCGUCGAGGAAUUGUCGAUACCUACCACCGGUAUACCCUUGCAUCUGACGAAGACAUUGCGCGACGCCAAGCAUCCGGCGAACGAGAAGAUCGAGGAUAUCUUGGACACGGAGCGUAAAGUGUCUCCCCACAAAUUCGACAUCAAGAAGGUCAACGAUUUAUUCGACGACUUACCGAUGAUCGAGUCGUGUCCGGACUCUCACGGGUCCAAAUCUGCGCGCGUGGAUAUCUUCGCGGAAUACAUGCCCGAGGGAUCGAAGCAACAGCCGCGUGUCUCGUGCUCGACGGCUCUCGUCAAGGACGACGAGGUGAUCGACGAAAAGACGGCGGCGCUCAAACUCAUUCCCAAACAGCUGCUGAUCCGACGACCCGCCGAGCCAGUGAAAGCCAAACACGUGUUGGAGACGCCCUUGCAGGAUCCCGCUCAGCACGCAGCGGCCCUGCUGACAAUACAGCAGAAACUGCUCGAGUCCCACGCGCUGAAGAGCGGCGACAAGGAAUCGCCAAAAUCAUGCAGCACGGUGAGCAACAGUGAGACCCACAUGACCGACAAAUUGUUAGACCGAAACGAGUUCGACGUCGUUCCCAAAUCGGCACUGAUCGAGACGCGACGUUCGCGAUCUCCGCCGUUGGAGAAGCCGACUGCCGUCCGGCCGGAGCAAUCUGAGAACUACGACAGGGACAAGAACGUGGACGCAAAGAGGUACAAGAGCAGUCGAAGUCUGAACGACACUGCUGCUCAAUCGAGCGUGCGAUCUCCCGUACGUGAGCAGAGGAAGAGAAGUCCGCUUAGCAGGAAAGAGAGCGAGAAACGGUACUCGCACGAUUACAACAAGGAUAGGAAGGAGAGGAAAGCCGACGACGCCGAGAAGCCCGAUCGAAGAGACAGUCGUAGUUCCAAGACGGACUUUGCCGACAGCCGCAGAAGAACGAGUUCGCCGUCACGAAGCAGGAGAAAGAGGAGCGGCAGCCCGUACACCUCGUGGGAGCGGCAAGGAAGCGGGAGCGGCAGUCCUGGGCAUAGCUGGAGCCGCAGUCGUAGCAAGAGCCCGAAGAGGAAAGACGAGGGUGUCGGUCCCGCGAGCUCGCGCGACCGGGAGAAGAAGCGAGACAGGUACGACGACGAAAGGCCAGGCAGAUCCAGGACGGAUGAGAGAAGAGAGAGAUACACACGGUCUCCGCCUCGCUCUAACUAUGACGAAGAUAACUUUAAGAAGCACGGUCCGAAGAGCAAUCGUGAGGAUUGGGGCAGAAGGGGGCACGACAGCGUGGACAGGGACCGCGAGAAAGACAAUAGGUCCUACAAUCCGAUGGUGAAGCUGCGGGAGAGAAUGGAGUCUGACAAAUACAGAGACAACAGAUUCCGCACAGAGGGAGAAGUGGAUCGGACCUUUUGGCAAUACGAGACCGUCAGUCUUGCACGAGAUGGUAACGAGUCUAUGGAUUCCUACGUGCAAGACACGCCGUCCGAAUACAACGAACGACCUUACUACCAAGAAGGCAGUUUAGAGAGAGAAACAAGGCAGUGCUCGCCGCAGUCGGCGACGAGAUACAGAAGGAGGUAUUCUCAAAGCAGACACAGCGCCAGGAGAGAACGACCAUGGGAGAGGGACAAAGAUUCCACGGACCUGGACCGUCACGGUCAUCCCGUGCACAACAGACUGGACCAGCCAAGAAGCCGAACACCGCCGCGUACGAGACUCUCGCCCGCGAGACAGCCAGCGGAACGGUUCCAACGACAGUCGAGGUCGCCAUCUAGGACGUGGUCGAGGUCGCGAUCUCGAUCUCAAUCCAGGUCAAGCUCGCAGUCUAGAUCUCGUUCCAGAUCAACGUCGAGGUCAAGACUGAGAAGGAUAAGAUCGAGGUCGAGAAGUCGGUCUCGUUCGAACUCUAGGUCGCGGACGAGAUCGUCCUCCACGUCGAAACUGAGAAGCCCGGAGCACGGAUUGAGACUGUCGGAAUUGCGGUCUUCCAGAUCUCCUUCGCCCGGAAGAGGUCGAUUUAGCGAAAUAGGAAGGGAAAGGAAGGACGAGGGCGAUAACCGGAAGCUCAACGUCUGCAACGAAAGGGGUAGGCGUAUAGAGACCAUCGUGCAGUCGGGAGCGAACGUCCUGGACUCGGAGAUGGGUAUUAAUAGUAGUAUAGAUGGCUCCGUCGCGAGCUUCCAAUAUUCGAACGAGAUCGAGGGCAGAAACGACUAUUACUACACGGAGAAUAAUUUGACCUACCCGCCUUGCGUGGACGAGUCCGCCACGAAUUCCCCAAAACGUUUGUCGCUCGACGAUAGAUUAGAGUUAGAAUUAGGAAUUAAGAAGCAGCAAAACAAGGACGCCACUGGAAUAUCUUCCGAGUACUCCUCCGGUUUUAACUCCAUAGCAUACCCGUCUCCGCCGCAACAGCAACAGCAGCAACUGAUGUAUCGUCAGCAGCCCACUGUUUUGCAGGUCGGCAACGUCUUGCAAGUAGUGCCCGCUGACUUUAAUGGAGUACAGUCGGUGCGCCGCGAGGUGUCUACAUCCGGGAGUACGUCGACCAUACGCGGAUCCAGUCAAGUAGUGCGUGUAGGUAACGUUCUACAAGUAGUACCCACGUCGUUGGACUGGAGUAGCGGUGGCAACGGCGGUGGCGGCAGCAACAGCAGCAGCAGCGGCGGCACCGUUCAAUCGUCCUCGUGCACAGAUCAGUCCAGCGGGGUCUUGUAUUCCCCAGCAGCAGUGUCGGCACCCUCGUCGGCUGCGACUUCCUCCUCGAUGCCCAUCUCCAUACCAGUUCCCGUGCCGGUCCCGUUGCCCGUGCCGCCGGCCACCGGUGUCCCUGCCGCGACCAUGUCGCCAGCUGCCUCACUGCCGCUCUCGUUACCGGUGCCCGUGCCCGUGCCAGUCCCGAUCCCCACGGCGACGACGUUUCCCCCCAGGAACGAGGCCCAGCCACCAAAAAUUGCUCAACCGGUGUACAAUUACGAGGCUAUCCUCGAGACCCGUCGCAAGGAGCGAGAGGAACGCAAGAGACUGCGUGAGUUACGCAGGAAGGAGAAGGAGCGCAGGAGGAUAGAGCGUACAAAUCGACGAGCACUGCGUCUCCUGGAAAAGAGCAGCAUGCUCGCGCGACAAACGCCCGGGGCCUCGUUGGAUCGCCGCAAGGGCUCAGUCGUGGACCCGUCGGUGUUGAAGGCGCUUCACGAGGGAGAAGAACAAAGUGAAACCGGAUCCCCGUCAGGCAACGCUGGGAAAGAUGAAGAGGAGGCGGCGGCGACGUCUACGCCGGGACCCUCGGAGGAGGACGAGGACGUGGCUGCUGAUGAGGAUGAAGACGAAGAUGAGGAUGAGGCCGAGGCCGAGGUUGAAGAUGACGAGGAAGAAGAGGAGGAGGCGGAGGACGAAGAUGAUGAGGAUGAUGAGGACGACGAGAAAGCGACGCAAGCGAGCGGUCUGCGAGCAGAUGCUGACGAGAUGGCGACUGCGAUGUCCGCUGACGCCGGUAAAAGUCAGGUGGAACUUGAGAAUAAAGGAACUUUCCAGUUGCCCCCUGCGCCGCUGAAAGGCAUUCUGGUCGCAUCGGGCUUCAGGGACACGGUUUCCAACGGCAACGUGGACGAUCUGUCGGAGGCGGACGGCGACACCGAGGACGGUAGCGACAAGGACGAAGAGGCGGAGAAGGAUAACGAGCAUGACAAGGAUGCGAACGCAGACGAUAAGAGCGCUAAGCCGCGAUCCAAGUCAAAAUCAAAAUUGGCAAGACUGCCGAAGAAGAGGAGUAAGAAGUCGGUUCAAUUCGCCGACGGCAUUAAGCCCGGCGAAGGGACCAGUCCCAGCGGCGGCGAGGGCGACAUGCCUUCCCCGCCACCUCCUACAGCGAUAGGCUUCCGUGACGAGCUCAAAGAUUUGAGGAGAGACAAGAUGUACAGCUCUCGAAAGAGCAGGAAGCAGGAGAAGCGGGUGAGGCCGCCGAAGACGAAGAAGAAGGUCAAGGUGAAGAUAAUCAAGCUGAAGAAACCGCGCAUCACACCGCUGACGGCCAUGAUGAUGGACGACUCCGACGAAUUGGACGACCGUUCGCCACCGCCGCCGCCUCCUGGCUCUCCGCCGCCUCCACACCUCUGGCCCAGUUACCUGUCGGCUUACAACACGGCGGUUCGAGCCGCCGAACCACCGACGCAGAACGCGACCCCCACGUUGACACCGGUUCAAGCUCCACCACCGCCAACUCCGCUGCCCCUUCUGGUGCCGCCUCCUCCGUUAAACUACACCAUUCAACCGUGCAGUAAAGCUUGAAGCCAGCCGUCGCGAAUCCGCGA